AUGUGUAACUUCAGCCGUGAUGCUUUGUCAUCUUUUAUGUUUGUCCAAGAAGUUUUUUACCUAUGUUUUGGUCUAAUAUUGUUACCAAGUAAUAAAUUUGGAGCUUCACUUCAGUUUUGUUUUUGUGGUAGGUCAUGGAGGCUUGCCAUGGCCAGACCUGGAUUUGAUUUCAAGAAUAUUUGGGCGUUGAAACGGCGGUUAUUGGAAUUUUUGAUUAAUAUUGCGGGAGUAGGCUCUGGACUUGUUUGUAAGGUGGUUAGUUGGAUUUGUGCCGAGCGUUCUCUGGCGGGGCGCUGUUCUACCUGCAAGUACUCCAUUUUUUCUACGGAUUUCGCGGAUGAAACAAGGGAACGCAGUGGUCCUCUAGUGCUGGAGGAUCGCUCGACGGGACAAGGUGCUGAUGGUGAAAGUUUGUUUAACGUUGUGUACAACAAUCCAUAUUUGUCGCUUUCUAUACAGCAGCAAAGAGCCAGGCUUCCUAUUUUCAAGCAUCGUAAUCAAAUUUUAUACUUGCUAGAAAAGUUUCGAACUCUUGUGAUUGUUGGAGAAACUGGAUCUGGAAAAAGUACUCAAGUGCCUCAGUACUUGUUAGAGAGCGGAUGGGCUUCAAAUGGAAGAAAAAUAGGUGUGACACAACCCCGUCGAGUUGCUGCGUUGGCAAGACGGGUUGCUGAAGAACAGAUGUCUAAGUUUGGGGAACUGGUCGGCUAUGCAGUUCGUUUCGAUGAUUCUACUUCAGAACAAACUAAAGUCAAAUACCUGACUGAUGGCCUGCUGUUACGUGAAAUGAUGUAUGAUCCUCUGCUGACGCAGUACAGUAUUUUGAUGAUUGACGAAGCCCACGAGCGUUCAGUUACAACUGACUUAAUAUUAGGUUUAUUAAGGAAAAUUAUUGUUGCACGGAAUGAUUUUCGAAUUAUUAUUUCUUCUGCUACUGUGGACGCCGUUCUUUUUCGUGAUUUUUUCGAGUUGAAUGAAACAAACGACAAACAUAAAGAUACUGCUGUAAUAUUAUCUGUAGAAGGAAGAGUUCAUCCUGUUACAGUUUAUUAUACUUCAAGUAGCGUACCGGAUUAUAUCAAAAAAACUAUGCAGACGGUGCUGUACAUUCAUAAGAACGAAGGUGCGGGAGACAUCUUGGCAUUUCUAACUGGACAAGAUGAGGUUGAAAGCCUUUGUAACAUGCUCAGUGAAGAGAUUAGAAGUUUGAAGCAGGUUGAUAAACUAUGGAUAGUACCCUUAUAUGGUGCUCUUCCUAUAAAACAACAACUGAAAGCUUUUGAUUCGACUCCAUCAAAUACGCGAAAAGUUGUGGUCGCUACAAACAUUGCCGAGACGUCACUAACUAUUCCGGGCGUAGUUUACGUUAUCGAUUGUGGUUUUGUUAGACUUCGCGUUAUAAAUUACACUAAUGGGUUAGAAACGCUGAUGACCAUACCGAUUUCCCAGGCAUCUGCGGAACAGCGUGCCGGCAGAGCUGGAAGGAUACGGCCUGGAAAAUACUUUAUCCUGCGUCCGUCGUCGUACGCUAUGGCUGAAGGGCUUCAGCUGUUAUAUGCUUUGGGAGCGCUUUCGAAAGAUGGAAUAUUGACAAAUCCGUUAGGCAUUCAGAUGGCAGAAUUCCCUUUAUCUCCAAUGCACUCAAAAGCUCUUUUAUCAUCAGUUGAGUUUGGAUGCAGCGAAGAAAUGGCCACUAUUAUCGCUAUGCUACAGAUCCAAGAUGUAUUUGCUUUCCCUUUCAGGGCGAAGCAUAAGGCGGAGAUAUCUAGAAGAAAAUUCUCUGUCGAAGAGGGCGAUCAUUUAACUUUGUUAAACGUGUUUGCCAGUUUCAUCUCGAACGGUCGUUCAAAACGGUGGUGUGCUGAACAUUAUGUCAAUUAUCGUGGGUUGUGCCGUGCCGAAAGCAUUCGAGAUCAAUUGGUCGGUCUCUUAAAACACUAUAAAAUUCCUAUGGUGUCUGUGAAGGAGAAGUCUGGAUCUAGUGCCUCUAUAAUUCGUUGUCUUGUGAAAGGCUUUUUUUCUCAAGCCGCCAGAUAUGACUCUUCAGGUGACUAUGUCACCAUUAGGGGCGAACAUCAUUUCAAGGUUUAUCGAGGCUCAGCUAUCUUGUACAGAAGAGAGUUUCCUAAUUGGGUUAUUUUUUCUGAGGUUCUGCAGAAUUCAAUACGUGACAUAAGUGUCAUUGAUCCCGAAUGGCUUUAUGAACUUGCUCCCGAAUAUUACGAAUUUGGAACGGACAACGAGGUUGCCAGGAAAAGCUUUUUGAUGAUUGAGAUGGCAUACAGUAGAUUAGUUUCGCUUCGAAGCUUUAUUAUCUUUCGGCUCUCUGCACCAGUAUGCCUUCUACAUGGUACAGGUAAGACCGCUUUGCAUCAGGAUGAUCACAUGGAGAAGCGUGAGUUGAAGAAACCAACUUUAAUUCCAGACGGCCCAGACUUGAGAAGCUUCAUCAAGGCAAUAAACAAAAGGAACCAAAAAAUAUUUCCUCUGAAACCCACAACAGAGCAAUAUUUGUGUGCAAACGAUUAUUUCGGUAAUGGACUGAAAGCUAAAGUUACUCAGUCGCAUUACGGUUGUCAGAUGAAUGCUAAUGACGUGGAAAUUGUCAGAGCACUUAUGUUUUCAAAUGGAUAUGCAGAGACAGACGCUUUAAGCGAAGCAGAUGUGGUGAUGUUAAUGACCUGCUCGAUUCGAGAAAGUGCUGAGCGUAAGGUAUGGCAAAGGCUGAAAAAUAUCAGAGGGAUUAAUAAACAUGCCAUUAUUUGUUUACUUGGGUGUAUGGCAGAACGUCUCAAAGACACCGCUUUCUCGCAAGAUCGAGAUGUUCAGGUAAUUGCCGGACCAGAUUCAUAUCGGGAUCUGCCUCGCUUAUUAGCUGUGGUCAAGCGAGGAGGGAAAGCGAUGAAUGUUCAAUUGUCUUUAGAGGAAACUUACGCUGAUAUCGCGCCCAUACGGACAGAUGUCGCCUCUAAAAAUGCUUUUGUAAGUAUUAUGCGCGGAUGUGACAAUAUGUGUACUUACUGCGUCGUGCCCUUUACUCGCGGUAGGGAGAGAAGUAGGCCAAUGAAAUCAAUUUUGGAAGAAAUUAGAAGGCUUGUUGGUGAGGGUUUCAAGCAGAUUACUUUGCUGGGCCAAAAUGUGAACAGUUACCGUGAUUAUUCCGAGCUUGCUUUUCCCUCCUUGUCUGUAACUGAGGAUGGCCUAGCUUCUGGUUUCAGAACUGUGUAUAAACCGAAAACUGGUGGAAGAACAUUUCUUACUCUUUUAGACGAAGCUUCCAAAAUUAACCCCGAGUUAAGGAUCCGGUUUACUUCUCCUCAUCCAAAAGAUUUCCCUUUACAGUUGAUUCAUCUGAUUGCCGAACGUGACAAUGUUUGCAAACAGUUGCAUUUACCGGCUCAGAGUGGAAGUACUACUGUAUUGGAGAGGAUGGGACGGGGAUAUACUGUUGAAGCUUACUUGCGACUUGUAGAAGAAAUAAGAGGGAUAAUUAAGGAUGUCAGCCUAACGAGUGACUUUAUCGCUGGAUUUUGUGAGGAAAGUGAGGAGGACCAUCAACGUUCUCUUGAGCUUAUUAAGAAGAUCGGCUAUUCAUUUUGUUAUGUAUAUCCGUACAGUAUGCGUGAGAAAACGCAAGCAAGUAAGAGGCUUCUGGAUAAUGUUCCACCUGAGGUUAAACGACGUCGUCAUCUUGAACUGGCUGCAACAUUUCGAGAUGUUGCAAUGGAAGUAAACAGAAAACUUAUUGGUUCAAUUCAGCUCGUUCUUCUGGAGAAGAGGAGCAAACGUUCACCUGAGAAUAUGGCGGGAUUGACAGAUGGCGGAACUGUCGCAAUUGUCGAUGGAAUUGACUCGCUUGGAACGAAUAAACCGGGCGCUCUAGAACCUGGGGACUACGUUGCAGUAGAAGUUCACAGCGCUACAUCGCAAACGGUGAAAGGCCGUUACCUUAGCAAGACUACGCUACGCGAAUUUUUUUCAAACAGUAUUGGGGAACGGAGAGGCAAAGAGACCUCAAACGUUUGUACAUAA